AUGUCGAGAAAUAAAAAUAAAACAUGGGGAGUUCAUAAUUGUCAACCGGAAGAGGCUGUUGGGGUCAUAUGCAAGACCGCAGUCGGUAUUUGUCAAGAAGGCUAUUGGAAAUGUGAUAAUAGUCCAACUUGCAUACCGACUCCCUUCAUUUGCGACGAGGUAGUCGAUUGUCCAGAUUACUCCGAUGAAAGUUUGGAACAUUGCGAUGCACCAUUUGAAUUACGCUUGGCAAAUGGUAGCAAUCCUUUACAAGGAAGAAUAGAAGUGCGUCAUCACGGCGUGUGGGGUACCGUGUGCGAUGAUGACUUUACAAAUUUCACAGCAAUAGUCAUUUGUAGAUCUUUAGGGUACGGUGGUAUCGCAAUAGCUAAAAAAAACGGUUUCUUUGGGCCUGGCCAAGGACCAAUAUGGCUCGAUGAGUCGUACUGGAUAAACGGUCAAGAACAUCCGGAACAAAAUAUUAACGAGCUACUUCCAUCAAAUUGUGGCCAACGUACCAAAGAUUUCGAUAGUGAUGAAGACUUAAUAUUUCAGAAAGUUUUACAUGGCUCCGUUGCAACAAAAGGCACUUAUCCUUGGCAGGCUAGCAUUCGAGUUCGAGGGCACAGUCGAUCAAAUCAUUGGUGCGGUGCUGUUAUUAUAUCACCUCUACACGUGCUAACUGCGGCACAUUGUCUAGAAGGUUACAAUAAAGGCACAUAUUUUGUUCGUGCGGGUGACUAUAACACAGAUAUAAACGAAGGAACGGAAGUAGAAGCCAACAUCGAAGAUUAUUACGUGCAUGAGGAAUUUCGUAAAGGCCACAGAAUGAACAAUGAUAUCGCUCUGGUUUUACUUAAAGGUCUCGGCAUUCCGCUUGGCAAUGAUAUCAUGCCAAUUUGCUUGCCGGCUGAGAAUGCCGAAUAUUCGCCGGGAUUAAAUUGCACGAUCAGCGGAUUUGGCAGUAUAGAAACGGGCAAGACAACGCAAUCGAAAGAUUUACGCUAUGGCUGGGUGCCUUUGUUGGAUCAGUCGAUCUGCCGAGCUAGUUAUGUUUAUGGUGAAGGUGCCAUAAGUGACGGAAUGAUGUGUGCUGGAUAUCUCGAUGAAGGUAUCGACACAUGCGAUGGAGAUUCCGGAGGUCCCUUAGCAUGUUAUCACAACGGUAAUGUCGAAAUAAUCAAUAAAUUAAUUAUAAUAUAA